AUGAGGAUGGCUGUAGCAGAGCCUCUAAGUGCCCUUUCCCGCUGGUAUCUCUAUGCCAUUCAUGGCUACUUCUGCGAGGUGAUGUUCACAGCAGCCUGGGACUUUGUGGUGCACUUCAACUGGAAAUUUCCCGGGGUCACCAGUGUCUGGGCCCUUUUCAUCUACGGCACGUCCAUGCUGAUAGUGGAGAGGAUGUACCUCUACCUCAAAGACAAGUGCUGCACUGCUGCCCGGUGCCUCAUCUACACCAUCUGGACGUACAUCUGGGAAUUCUGCACGGGCUACAUCUUGCGGCAGUUCGACGCCUGCCCGUGGGACUACUCGCAGUUCGAGUUUGACUUCAUGGGACUGAUCACCCUGGAGUACGCCAUUCCGUGGCUCUGCGGCUCCUUCCUCAUGGAGAAGCUGGUCAUCAGGAACACACUGCGCCUGAGAUUCGACCGCCCCCGGGACGCGGCGGCGGCAGCAGCAGCGCCAACAGCGUGGUGCCCCAGCGCCCUGACGAACGGACACAUCAAGAACAACUGA